GACUCGGUCAGUGUUUGAGGUGAUCUUUACCCCAUUGUUCACUGAAAUUGUAACACUGCGGUAUACCUUUGGAAAAGCUUUACUACAUUGGACCAAGGCACGCUUUUCAAUCUCGUUCCACCUUCCUGAAGCAGUCUCACCACCUCAAUACAAAUUGGAGCCACGCUCCGUCUUUCCUGCUGAAGGUAAUUCAGCUAACACCGAGUUGAGACCUUGUGAUUUAAUUAGCAUAAUAACAACCCUGUAAUCAUUUGCGAGAGAGAGAGAGAAAGAAAAUACCUCGAAGGGUCUGAUUGUUUGACUAUUUUGCAAGUGAAAUUGUUUCCACAGCAAACAGUCUGUUUGAUGUUGUGGAAGCUGCGCGCAUGCGUAGCGCCUCGGAAUUAUUGUACUGCUUUGGACUAAGUUGCAUUCCUUGAAUCUUCGCUGAAAAGACCUUUCAAUAAUCAAAGUUAGGAAUGUGGAGAGUUCAGGACAGAGGAUGCUUCGGGAUUUUGACGAUCCCCGUGAUGGUGGCCAUGGUUUGCAAUGCCCAGAGAGUUAAUGAGUCCAACAACAUGUCAUACGUGAAAGACACCGUGGAUAACUUGCUGAAGGGAUAUGACAUUCGAUUAAGACCAGAUUUCGGAGGUCUCCCUGUGGACGUUGGUAUGAACAUAGAUAUUGCCAGCAUAGACAUGGUCUCUGAAGUCAAUAUGGAUUAUACUCUGACAAUGUACUUCCAGCAGUCCUGGAGAGACAAGAGGCUUUCAUACUCUGGGAUACCUCUGAAUCUUACUCUAGAUAACAGAGUGGCUGACCAACUCUGGGUUCCCGACACCUACUUUAUUAAUGACAAAAAGUCAUUUGUGCAUGGAGUUACAGUGAAAAAUCGAAUGAUUCGUCUGCACCCAGAUGGCACAGUGCUCUACAGCCUGAGAAUCACGACGACAGCAGCAUGUAUGAUGGAUCUGAGGAGGUAUCCCUUGGAUGAACAGAACUGUACACUUGAAAUAGAAAGCUAUGGGUACACAACGGAUGACAUUGAAUUUCAGUGGACAGGUGGUAGCUAUGCAGUCACAGGAGUUGAGAAGAUUGAACUGCCGCAGUUCUCCAUUGUCGAACACAAGCUGGUUUCAAAAAGAGCAGUUUUUGCUACAGGUUCUUAUCCAAGACUAUCACUGAGUUUUCGACUGAAAAGAAAUAUUGGCUAUUUCAUCUUACAAACAUAUAUGCCCUCAAUUUUAAUCACAAUUUUGUCAUGGGUAUCCUUCUGGAUUAAUUAUGAUGCUUCUGCUGCAAGAGUUGCAUUAGGAAUCACAACUGUACUUACCAUGACAACUAUCAGUACUCACCUCAGAGAAACCCUUCCCAAGAUCCCCUAUGUGAAGGCUAUUGACAUUUACUUGAUGGGUUGCUUUGUGUUUGUAUUCCUGGCAUUAUUGGAAUAUGCCUUUGUCAACUAUAUAUUCUUUGGAAGAGGGCCACAGCUUCAGAAAAAAGCAACUCAGAAACCAACACAGCCCCACGCGAAAAGCAGAUUUGGAACCAACAAAACACAGGUGGAUGCCCAUGGAAACAUUCUCCUAACAAGUCUUGAAAUUCGGAAUGAAGUGAAAGCUUCUGAGGUGUUAACGAAUAUCAAUGAUCCAAGAGCGACCAUGUUUUCUUAUGACAGUUCCAACAUCCAAUACAGAAGGCCAGCUACCAGCAGAGAUGGCUAUGGUAGAAGCACACUAGAAAGGCACACUGUUCAGAAGAAGGGACGUUUACGGCGACGAACAUCACAACUGAAAAUUAAGAUCCCAGAUUUGGCUGAUGUGAAUGCCAUCGACAGGUGGUCACGGGUGGUCUUUCCUGUUACAUUUGGGUUUUUUAACUUGGUGUACUGGCUGUACUAUGUGCACUAACUCAGACAGUAUGUACAGUACAGAUAAAAUACCUUCUUUCUUUUGUUUUCAUUUAUUAACCCUUAAACAACUGUAGUAGCAAAAUAGCAACAAGCUCAAGGUAAGAUAUUCAGCUCUUGUAAUGUUGUGGGGAUUAAAUUCAUAAAUGUAUAUGCCAAUGAGCUUACGUUUGGUCAUGAUGAAUAGUUUGUUUUUGAAAUAAAUUGCUAUCGUUCAAUACUUAAAUCCUAAUGAUAGCUACUUGAUAUCUUCUGCUUUAAAAGUUUAGGUUUGACAAUAAUGGUUGAAGUGGUGGCCCCAUCCCACCAACCUUACAACUGCAAAAAUGGUGGCAAGCUUGCAUUAGCCACUUUUGGGAAUCCCGACAGGAUCACAUCCAGUUGGUAACUGUUGUCAGGGGUCCCAAAACUUGAGAGGUGAAGAGCUGCUGGCUAUUUGGAAUGCAGUAACUUUUUCACCGGCUGUGAAGCAGUAGCCAGGAAGGAGACCCCAGGAGGUGGGUACAGUGGGUCCCGAAGCCAGUGGACAAACCUGGGUGGUGGAGACAGUGGGAAAAGAUUAGGGUUGCAUGGGGGAAAGCCAGUCACCUGCCCAGUUCCAUUCAUUUAAAUCUUAGCUGGGAAUGGCCCAGACUAACUACCCACCUUGAGGCCCAUUAAAGCCUUUAGGUGGCCAAUUGACAAUCUCAGUUCAUCACUACUGGUUAUACUUUACCAGUGGCAAGUGAAAAUGCCCAAAUCAAAUGGGAGGGCCACCUACUAUACCUACAGCAGUGGGGGCUCCUGCUACUCUGUAUCUCAUGGAGAGCCUCACCAAAGCCAAGGAUAUCUGCCACUGAAAACUGUUCCCUGCUCCUCAAACUGACACCUUAAACCCACGUCAGAUAUUAUUGUCUGACUGGCUCUAGUGAGCCGGCCCCAAUUAUCUAUCCCUGCAGCACCUUCCCCCACCCACCCCCACCAUCACCAUCACCACCAUCAUCAGCAUGGCUGCUGCGUCAGGCUUUCUGCCGGUCCAGCAGCGACCAUUUCUACUGGUGGCAGUGAAGAGCCCCACCCCUUUGAUUGGUGAGCAGAUUUGGGAGGGGAAGGGCAUAAUCUUUUCCUAUAAAAGAUGGGCACUAUCGAGCUGCCUGAUUGACAUUUAGAUUCAGCAGGGCUCUCCAGGAAUGCAAUGAAGUUGCCACCAUCUUUCCAAUCAAUGAAUAGGGCCACCACAUUAAGCAUGGCUGAUGUAUGGCCAUCUUACUACCAAUAGAAAACCAAUAGCAAUGGGUUGACACACAGUUGGAAAUUGAUGUGUACUAAUGGUCUCUGUUUCCCACUGGGCGGAAUGACUAUUCAUGACUAUUCACAGCCUAGUAGGAGAUCAAAUACCAUGUAUUGUGUUUGAUUAGGAAUCAAAUCAUUUUAUUCCUUCAUAAAGUGUAUGAGCAUUUGAUCUUCAGACUUGAUUUUCCCCGUUUUACACUUACAGGAAAAUAAAAAAAACACUAAAUCAUAGGUAUAUAGAGGGAGCAAUUACUAUUCACAGUUUUAAUGGAUGAAUACUGUCCAGUAUUUUUCAGUAUUACCCACUUCAUUUUAAAUGCAUUUAAUCUGUAAAAUGAAAGCAAUUGCAAUGGGUGUAUCAGCUAGUAUUGGCAACACUGAUUUCUAGACCACAUUGAUGGACGGGUGUGAAGAUUAAACUGUUAGGUUUGAGCAAUUUAACCAGUACCCAAUCAUAAUUCUGUCCUUUUGAUAUCCUCAGCACUCCAGGCCCACACCAAAUCCUAUUGGCAGCUCUGAAAUCUUUGCUUUGCCCCAAACCUAUUUGCAACCAUGAUGCCCCAGAUCCAACCCUCCUGAGUAAAACCCUCAUAGCUUCAUCUCCACCAAAAUCAUAAUUACAAUUCCAAUGAUGCAGACCUGAUGUCCAUGUUCACCUUUUACAUCCCAACCUGCAGGCCUAAUCACUGCCUGGCACAUUUUAGCUUUACUGCCUGGUGAAAAAGUGCCCAUGGAUUCCGAGCUCCCUGCCUAUGUUUUUGCAACCACCCAGCCACCAGGCUACCAAUCAUCACAAAUUAAAGAAGGCCCUUUAAAAUAUACCACCAUGCACCUUCUCAAACCACUCACUACCCAAUUAAUAUCUGGGUUCUGCAUGAAAAAAAAACUACUUUCGAAUCAACCUGUGAGAGAUGUAGUUACACACCUCUGGAGCAGGUGAGAUUUGAACCCUCAUGUGAUAAAAUCAGUCUCUGUUUAUUCAAAUAGAUUUUGCUGGUUUUUGUUCUCUUCUGUUUUUUGUGGGUUUUUUGAACAUUAUUGUUUUAACACAAUUGUUUUAUGCAUCGU